CCCAAUGAUAACACUAACAGAGGAUACCCAACAGAACGUUCGGGUGAUUUUACAUCCAAAAAGUUUAUUCCGUAUGGAAUCAGUACAUACGUGAGCCGAGGACGAAUAACAGUGUACGUAACCAAUUCGGCCUCCAACACUGCUGAUACUGUAGAAGCGUUUCAACUUGAUCAAGAACAUCUGACGCUGAGGCAUCUGAAAACGAUCAGUGAUACAACAUUUCGAAGCUUAGCAGACAUUGCGGUUGUCGGUGCGGAUCGAUUUUUCGUUACGAAUUAUGCGUACAGUCGAGCGAGAUGGCUGCAAAUUGUGGAAUUUGCCCUGCAGACAUCAUUCGGUUCACUGGCUUAUUACGAUGGCCACAGAGGAAUUUACCUAGAAAAGUUAUACGUCCGCAUCUAUCAUCUUCACAAAGAUAUGUCGAUAUCGCAUGAUGCAGAAAUAUCACUUCUUUCAUCACCAAACAAACUUUUCAUUGAGGAGGCUACUGGUGAUAUCUGGGCAGCUCUUCAUCCAGUUCUUUAUAAAGCUCAUAAACACAUACAGAAUCCACUGGACUUGCAGCAACGGUCUCCGUCACAGGUGCUUAGGAUACGAUUACAGCCAGAUGGUCAAAGCUGGGUAAUAACGGAACCGUUUGCGAAUGAUGGAGCAACAGUUUGGGGCUCCUCUUCGGUCGUAUUUCACAAUGGUGCGCUACUCAUUGGUAGUUUAUUUGGUCGUCUUUUGCACUGUGAUGUUGACAAUCCGCAUAUCGUAUGA